UCUCACGUCUAAAAUUACACUUCUUUGUAAUUUCUUUUUGUUUUACCAAGGAAAAAAAAACAAGAAAUACGUUUUUUGUUCUGAUUUUCUCCAAGACAAGAGCUUAGGCAACAGAUCGAUCGUUCCUGAGAAAAUGACACCAGCGAAGAGAAUGCGUGUUGCGGCUAAGAAAUCGUUCAGCAGAGCAUCCUUCCCCAAGGAUUUUCUGUUUGGCACUGCUUCGUCAGCUUUCCAGUAUGAAGGAGCCGUGAACGAAGGCUCUCGUGGAGAAAGCAUUUGGGAUAACUUUGUCCGCGAAUUUCCAGAAAGAAAUUGUUACAGCAAUGCUGACGAGGCGGUUGAUUUCUAUCAUCGUUACAAGGAAGAUAUCCAGAGAAUGAAGGAUAUAAACAUGAAUGCUUUCAGGUUCUCGAUUUCAUGGGUUCGGAUAUUACCAGAUGGGAAAAGAAGCAAAGGAGUGAACAAGGAGGGGAUCAAGUUCUACAACGACCUUAUCAACGAACUCCUUGCCAAUGGGAUCACUCCUCUCGCCACCUUGUUCCACUGGGAUAUCCCUCAAGCCCUAGAAGAAGAAUACGGCGGGUUUUUGAGUGAUAAAGUUGUGGAUGACUUCCGAGAUUUCGCAAGCGUGUGCUUCGAGGAGUUUGGCGACAGAGUGAAGUUAUGGGUCACAAUCAACGAGCCAUGGGUUUAUAGUAACGGUGGCUACGACAUGGGCCGGAAAGCACCAGGACGUGCGUCCAAGUACAUUAACAACGCAUGCGAGGCCGGAAGUUCCGGCCGAGAAGUUUAUGUCGUCAGUCACAAUCUGCUUCUUGCCCAUGCCGAAGCGGUCGAAGCCUUCAGGAGUUGCCAAAACUGUAAAGAUGGGAAGAUUGGAAUUGCCCAUUGUCCAUUGUGGUACGAACCCUAUGAUACAAACUGUCCUAAGGAUGUCGAAGCGGCCGAACGAGCCAUGGAGUUCAUGCUUGGAUGGCAUAUGGACCCUACGGUGUACGGGGACUAUCCCGAAUGCAUGAGGAGAAUCCUCGGAGAAAGAUUACCGUCUUUCACCGCAACUCAAUCUCAGAAACUAAGAGGAUCUUUCGAUUUCAUCGGAAUAAAUUAUUACAGCGGCGUUUACGCAAAACACGUUGACCAGGUUGACCCCGAGAAACUUUCUUACAGAUCGGAUCAACACGUCGAAUGGAGAAAGCACAAUGUCGCGGGAAAAGCCAUCGGUGUUCAGGGUGGCGCAGAAUGGGUGAUAAGCCAUCCACAGGGACUGAGAAAAGUUCUUAAAUACGCCAAGAACAAAUACGGAGACCAUAAGUUUAUAAUCACUGAAAACGGAUACUGCGAUCCAUGCUGCGAUAAAAAACCGAAGCUCUUCGACAUGAUGGACCUGCAAAGGACAGAGUACCACAAGAAGCAUCUCUACUACCUUCAGCAAGCCAUCAACGAGGACGGGUGCAAAGUGGAAGGGUACUUUGCUUGGUCGUUGCUCGAUAACUUCGAAUGGAACAACGGAUACGAAGUCCGUUACGGGCUGUUCUACGUGGAUUACAACAACGGUCUGAAGAGAUACCCGAAAAUGUCGGCAAUGUGGUUCAGAGAAUUUCUGAGGAAAAACGAAGGGAUAGAAGACGAGGAGAAGAACGAUAAUAGUGUGGUCGAGGACAAGAGAUUCUUGUCAUCAACCGGCUCGGGUUUCUGUUUCACGGUGAAGAUGUCCGAACCCUCGAAGGUCUUGGAGCUGUUCUUUUAAUUAUCUUUAUAAUUAUAAGGUUAUAAACAAAAUAACCAAUGUUUCAUUUCUUCAUACGUUUGUUCGCUGAAUAAAAAUAAAUGUAACGACGAGAAAUCUGUACUACGUAUACUGUAUUCGUCGUCGGUUCGACGUUGACGAAGAAAAUACCAUCUCAUUUUCCA